AUGAGGAAGUUAUGGACAAGCUUUCAGCAGCGUGACCAUGUCCAAGAGACUUGUAGAACUUUGAGGGUUCUGAAUGCUGUUCGUGAUCCUGACAUUGGCAUACCUCUUAGCAUUCAGCAGUACAAGUUACUGAUGACACCAGUGGUUUUGAGUCGCCUGAUAAAUGCUCAUUCCCACCUUCUUGCUAUGUUGAUAUCUGAGUACUUAGGGAUGAAUAAACUCCAACUAUGUAGAGGAAUAUCUUAUGCUGCAGUGGCCACUCAUGCUGAUAACUGUGGCCGUCGAAAGUUGGCUGCAACGCUAGUUGAACAUGAACCACGCUCUACCAAACAGGUUUUUUCACAUGUUUUGUGGUCACUUUCUGAUACCGCUUUAGUGAAAGCAACUGAGAGUGGUGACACUGACCUGGUUUUUCUUGUUAUAUUUCAUAUUUGGCAAAAGAGGCCUCCUUUGGAGUUCUUUGCGAUGAUCCAAGGCAGAGUUUUGGCACCUUUCCUUUUAUGGAAAGAAUCAUGGGAUAUGGGGAAAACCCCAAUGGCUAGCAAAGGAUCUCCGCUGCAAGGUCCACGGAUAAAACUAAUAGAGAAAGCCAACAACCUUUUCUCUCAGACAAAGGAACAUACUUUCGAGUCUAAAGCUGCCGAGGAGCACGCAAAACUCCUGAGGCAAUGGAAACCUGAUAGAUACAACAUGAGCUAG